AUGCCUCCCUUCCCGAAGUCCAUCGCCGAGGACUCCGCGUCAGUCGUCUGGCUCCUCCAAUCCUUCACCAUUGGCAAGGAGCAGAAGACCACUGGCCCUACAUUUCUCUUUCUGGACCGCGCGAACGCCGAAUUCGGCUUCGUUAGCACCAACCACUCCGGCUUUGCGACCGUUCUGCGCUUCCCCGAAACCAACGAGCCAAUCUACUUCCAAGCCAAAACCGCACGCGCAGCAGCCUGGCGAGACAAGAGCAAGAAAGUAUCGAUCCUGUUCCAGCAUCUGCAGGUAGAUUUGGAGUUUGCGUCACCAGACCGAGCUCGCAGCUUCCUCGAUGUGCUAGAGGACAUUGCGACGGCGGCUGGCAACCAUUUCUUCUACAGCUAUGAAGUUCCACAGAAGGUCGCAUUCGUCAAGCCCGACUUCGACAUGGAACAGCAGGGCUUCACGAGCCGAGCUCCGCAACCUUGGAUGGCGGUUCCGGCUGAUGCUUCCGAGUGGCCUCGCCUACGGAAGACGGGGGAGUGGUCCGACUUCACCGUCGUCGCGGGUGGUAGCCAAUUCCGCGUCCAUCGCGUCAAGCUUUGCAAAGAGUCAUACUACUUCAGAGCAGUAUGCAGCGGCGGCUUCUCCGAGACCGCAAAGCAAUCCAUCGAACUCCCAGAGUCAGCACAAGUCGUCUUCACUCUCCUGGAUGAGAUGUACGGUGUCUACAACCCGACCACUGGUUCCAUCUUCACCAACUUCGCGCUUCGUAUGGAGAUUGAGAAGGAGCUCAUGAUGAACCAGCUCCUUGAUCUCUUCAUCGCCGCGGACAAGUACAACCUCGAACCCAUUAAGCGCCGCGCCGCCGAAGCCAUCAUCGACCGCCUUCCCUUCAUAACCGAUCCUCUCAUGAUCGUCGACCUGGCUACAUGCAUCUACCACGAGCAAUGCCCAGAGAACGACCGUGGACUGCGCAAGGCUAUCAUCGAGUGCGUGAGGAUGCGCAUGCCGGCUAUACUGGAGGAUGAGAGUGCGUGGGAGGAGUUCUCGGAGAAUAAGAACGUGCUGAGGGCUUUUCAUGUCUCGCAAUGUGAGGCGGGUGAGGGUGGUGGUAUGAUUGGAGGUGGAGGUGGAGGUGGAGGUGGGAUGAUGACGCCGCCUGCUACGCCUAGGUAG